GAGCAAAUUUUGACCGCUUGUUAUUCACCCACCGUCACGGACAGAACCUGACCGGCCAACCCCAACCCUAACCUUCGACACCUUUCUCGAACUCUCUCCCUACAUUUUUAUACCCAAAAACACAAAACUCAAAACUCAAAUCUCAAUUCACAAAUCGCCAUCGACAAUCGAGAUGGCCUCCCGACUCAUCUCCCGCUUCGCCUCUAGUCUCACCCGCUCCGCAGCCACCACUAACGCCGCCGUCAUCCCCUGUACCAUCCACCACUUCAGCGCCACCUCCACCGCCGCCUCUAGUUUAAUCAAAUCUCAUCCCUUAAUCUCCCUCCUCCAAUUUCAAUCCCAUCCCCCCAUCCCCCCCUCCCGUCUACUCCCCUAUAGCACCCUAACUCUCCGAUCCUUCUCCACCGUAACCCGCCCUAGCCGUCCCCACCGCUCAGCCCGGCCGGACAUCGGCGCCCGCGCCAGGCAGAUGCAGACGCGGCGUCUCUGGACCUACGCUCUAACCUUCAGCUGCGUUGCGGGAUUCAUUAUCAUCGUGCUCAACCAGUUCCAAGACCAGCUCGUCUUCUACGUCACCCCGAGCGAUGCGAUUUCGAAAUACACUGAGAAUCCCACCAAGGCCAAGUUUAGGCUCGGCGGGCUGGUCUUGGAGGGCAGUGUAGCGCAGAUGGCUUCGUCGCCGGAGAUGGAGUUCGUGAUCACCGACUUAAUCACGGACAUGUUGGUCAAAUUCGAGGGUUCGUUGCCGGAUCUUUUCCGGGAAGGCCACUCCGUGGUGGUGGAGGGGUUUAUAAAGCCGUUCACGGAGGAGAUGAAGAAGACGAAUGAGGUGAUUUUGAAGGAGAACAACAAGUUUAUGAUCACAGAGAAGGCCAGACGUGGAGAGUGCUAUUUUGAAGCUACAGAAGUUCUGGCUAAGCACGACGAGAAGUAUAUGCCUCAAGAAGUCGCCGCUGCGCUGGAGAAGAACAAGAAGAUCCUGGAACAGCAACGAAUUGAGGAAAGCGGCAAUGAAACUGCCAUAGCCAAGCCAUAGGUCUGAUCUUUUUCUUAACAUAUGAAUUCUUUUGAAAUUGAUGGAACACGCAUACGUUUUAGCUUGAUUGAUUAUACAAUUCUUUCGGAUUAGAUUGAGUUAACUCAGGAAAGAGAUAUAGGCAAAUUUGAUGAGCCAACUUAGAUUUGUUGUUGUGCCAUUUUUAUCUUUAUUCUAUUGCCCCAAGGUUGUGGGUUCCAAACUGAUUUUGGCAUAGUAGUUAAUAAAUGUUAUAAAUGAAUUAUCAUUCUGGGUAGUGCUUAUUAUUCUUGAUGAAAUGGAUGUACUAGUGGCUAUAAUCAUCCUCCAAAGAGUUGAACAAAAAAUAUAAACUUUUUAGCACUUGACGAUAUUAAGGAAGGAGAUUGAUGGUGAAUCUUCUAUGAGGCUUUUUCCAGAUUGAUCUUGAAGAUCACUUUGUUUGUGCAGGGUGUCAGUUAAAUAGUCUGUAAGGGUGUCAGUAGUAUUAGCAUUGCUACUGGUAGAGUGGUAGAAAUGUACAUGCUAUAAAAGAAACCUUGUACUGGUUUUUGAGAUGCACUUUGCAGGUGUAGAUGGUAGUAGCCAGUAGGCCUGUUUAUACAGGAUGCGACUUUAGAAGAUAGUGAUGUUGCUUUACUCGUAUUUAUGAAGAAAAAUGUGUGCGUGUGCAAAUGAUCCAUGACAAUCGUUGUCUUCGGAAUCUUAGAGGAUAAGGAAAAUAGAAGGAAGCAAGAAAUCGGUAGGCAUUGCAUUCUACAAGAAUAUAGUAUAGACCAAAUAGAGACAAGGCAGAAGCAACAAAAGGGGUGGGUGUUUUCUGAAUUGUGAGGCAACAAGUUAAUAGCUGAGCCGCUGAGGUAUAUCCAUUUUUGAACCCAAAUUCUCCAUUUUUAUGCGGUGAUAUAGUUAGUGGAAGAAGUUGCUGUGUCAAGUUUCGUGUUGGGGAAACUGUUUUGAUUGUAAUUGGACACAUACAUGAUAGAACCAGGAAGGAGUAAUAAACUUUUCUA